AUGCCUUUGGUGAAAAGGAACAUUGAACCACGGCAUCUCUGCCGAGGAGCUCUGCCAGAGGGAAUUACUAGUGAACUGGAAUGUGUAACAAAUAGUACCCUUGCUGCUAUCAUACGCCAGCUAAGCAGCUUAAGCAAACAUGCUGAAGACAUAUUUGGUGAAUUGUUUAAUGAGGCCAACAGCUUCUACAUCAGAGCAAAUUCCCUUCAAGACAGAAUUGAUCGUCUUGCUGUCAAAGUUACCCAGCUGGAUUCAACAGUGGAAGAGGUAUCAUUACAGGAUAUCAACAUGAAAAAAGCAUUCAAGAGCUCAACAAUUCAAGAUCAGCAGGUAGUUUCAAAGAACAGCAUUCCUAACCCGGUGGCUGAUAUUUAUAAUCAGAGCGACAAACCACCACCUCUGAAUAUUCUUUCACCUUAUAGGGAUGAUAAGAAAGAUGGAUUGAAGUUCUAUACCGAUCCUUCCUAUUUUUUUGAUCUUUGGAAAGAAAAAAUGUUACAAGAUACUGAAGAUAAGCGAAAAGAAAAGAGGAGACAAAAGGAGCAAAAGCGUAUAGAUGGCACCACCCGUGAGGUGAAAAAGGUUAGAAAAGCCAGGAACAGACGCCAGGAGUGGAAUAUGAUGGCAUAUGACAAAGAGCUUAGACCUGACAACAGGUUGUCUCAAAGUGUGUACCAUGGAGCAUCUUCCGAGGGAUCACUGUCCCCAGAUACUAGGUCCCAUGCAUCUGAUGUUACAGAUUAUUCUUACCCUGCUACUCCGAAUCAUUCCCUCCAUCAGCAGAUAGCAAUGCCUUCAUAUGGAACAGGAGAUGGCCCACAGUACAUGGCAGCAUCCCAAAGCCAUGAGCAUGAAUACAGACCACCUUCCACCACUGUACGACAUGCUACUUUAAACAGACCUCAGCAACCACCUCCACCACCACCCCAGCCUUCAGAGGGCCAACAUAGCUCAGUACCUGUGGUACCAGCAGAAUAUGGGAUGCUUCCAGCUCAGAUGGUGGAUUAUUACAAUCCUACUGGUCCUCCCCCUCCUCCUCCUCCCCCUAUGAUUCCUUCAGCACAAACUGCAUUCGUUAGUCCCCUUCAGCUUCCUGUGCCACCAUCCCAUUCUGGACUGGUGACUGGCUCUACGUAUGCAGCUACUCAUCCUCCUCCUUCUAGUGGGCUUGUUGUCACUGCUCCUCCUCCUCCCGGCCCACCUCCUCCCCCUCCAGGCCCUCCUGCUACCGGUUCAUCCCUGUCUUCCUCCCCAAUGCAUGCUCCUCCAGCUACGGAGGCAAAACGUCACGAACCUGCACAGCCACCAAUAAGUGAUGCACGGAGCGAUCUUCUUGCUGCCAUUCGAAUGGGAAUUCAACUGAAAAAGGUGCAGGAGCAACGUGAGCAAGAAGCAAAACGAGAGCCUGUUGGAAAUGAUGUGGCAACCAUCCUUUCAAGACGCAUUGCCGUGGAAUACAGUGAUUCCGAUGAUGAUUCAGAGUUUGAUGAGAAUGAUUGGUCAGAUUGA